CAGGCGUGUUUUUUGACAAAAAGAAGAGCGGAGUCUCACUGGUUCCAACUUCCAAGUUCUAAUCCAUGGGAGGCUGUUCAAACGACCAAAGAGAGAUGUCUCAUCUUCCCCAACUCCACUCGCUCAACAUCAAAACUUGUCCUGAUCACGACGAGUUUCUAGUCUCCCAAUUCGUAUUCUCAGAAUCUCAGCUUGUUCCAUAUCUUUUCAUUUCGCGCGAUCAGUAUUUGAAAACACUCCGAUCACUCCAUCGCUCUUCACGUGGAAUACGUUGAUAUGGGAGUACUCGAAAAGCUCGUGUGAGAUUGAGUCCUUGAAGUUGUUUAUCCGGCUUUUGAGAACCGGAAUAAGACCUGAUAAGUUUGUUUUCCCCUCCGUGCUAAAAUCCUGUGGGUACCGUUCCAUUGUUGGAGCUGGCGGAUCAGUUCAUUCAUUGUCGAUAAAGUCGGGGUUUGCUUUUGAUGUCCAUGUGAUAAACACCCUCCUGAAAAUGUACGCUACAUGUAACAUGUGGUGUGAUAGCGUUUGCAAGAAAGUGUUCGAAGAAAUGCCUGCAAGGGACAUGGUUUCUUAGAGCUUUGUGAUUUCUAGCUCUGUUGAUUGUUCACAUCGUCUUUACGGAUACUAUGCGUCGAUUCAGGGCACUUGCUCAACCGCAAAAAACUUCCCAGAUUGGUUAUAUAUUACAGGAGAGUAGGCAAUGACAUGGGCCAGAUGCAUCUCUUCCGCUUACUCCCCGCCACCAUUCCGCCCUUUCAAGGUAAUGAUUUCCUAUCUAAAUUUCUCCAUCCUCUUGCAGUGGCACCUAUUUCUAAAAUUGUUAAUUCGUUUGGUUGUAUUUCAAGCUCUUUGUACAGUCUUACCAAACAUCUGGACUCCUUUCCCAUCCCACCUCCUUUGCAACUUUCAAAAACAAGCAAUUUUCAUAGUUAAGGAAUUCAUGAAUGUCUUCCACAUGUUUGACAAAAUGUAUUAGCCACUGCCUAAGAUUUACAAUUGUCACUUUCUAUACUAAGAGCAAGAAUUUACUUCAUUCUACUCAUAUUUUCAAUUCCAACAACUUUUUUCUUUUUUAUAAACUAUCAUUUAUUUUUUUGCGAGGAUUAUAAACUACGGAGUAUAAUUUAAUUCACACAAUAAGCUAAUCUUAAUCUAAUGCUUUGAACUAAUUCACUUACGUAAUGACCAAGGCUGCUGGUGUAAUUUGGAAUGAAGCAGUAUAGUCAUAUAGUCUGGUCUGCUUUAUGAAAAAGCUAUUCUAUUCAUAUUAUUAGACUCCAUAAACCGAAACAAAAUACUUUAUUGUAACCUUUCACAAAGAAAUGCAAAAUAUUAUCAAUUUUAGGAAAUAUUUAACGAAGAGCAUUGUUGUGCUACCCAUGCCCACACACACAACUACAUAAGUACAAAUUUGUUUGUAGUGCUUAAGCCAUUUUCUGUCCUCUCUGGUAUUCCUUUGUGUUUCACACUUUAUACUUUUUGUUAAUAAGAAUUUAAAAAUACAAGAUUUAUUAAUAUAUGUGGAGUAAGUGAUAACAUUACUAAGGAAACUCAUUUCUUGGAACUUCCAAUUUUAGAAAAUGAAUCCAGGAACUCCCUAAUAUCAUCUUUUCAGCACUUUGGAAUUAGUAGUUGUUUGGGAUGGACAUGAAUAAAAUGUUUAGUAAGAAUGGUUUAUUUACAAUAUGUGGUCUGGGAAAGGAACUCAGUUGAUAAAUAAGCUUGUAAAUAUGGAUUUUUCAACUUUUACAAGCGAAUUAGCAAUUGCAGAAGUGAUUCCAUGGCAAACCGAUUAAGAGAUGCAAAAGAUAUAGAAUCAAUACCUUGCAAAAAAAGAGAGGUACUGUAACAGGGUCUAAUAUAUAUGUACUGAAAAAAAUUGUUUCACGGUUGUCCCUAACAACGUCUAAUUCCAAAGUAAUGAAUAAAUAUAUAUUCAGGAGUUCCUAGAUUCAUUUUCGGAAAUUGGAAGUUAAUAAAAAGGAGUUUUCCUUGUAAAAUUUGUAACUUACUCCAUGUGUUUUUGCAAAAAAAAAAAAACCGCUCCCCCUAACAACUACUACUUCCAAAGUGCUGAAAUAAUUCGUUUGUGGAGUUCCUACGUCCAUUUUCUGAAUUGGUAAUUUCAAAAAAUGAGUUUUCCUAAUUAAUAAUGUCACUUGCUCUUGCGCCCCUAAAGUGCUAAAUUGUUAUUUCUAAAUUGGAGUUAUGUUAGCUUAACUGAUGUUACGAAUCAGGAAUAUACAAAUUAGUUUGAUGUGCUUAAUCCUUUUCUUUAUCCUCUCUGGUAGUGCUUUGUAUUUCACACUUUAUACUCUUACCAGCUUUAGUUAUUAACAAAUUUAGGGUAAAGUUACUUCAAAGCAAAUUCCUUAUUGUGGGUUUCGUGUACAAUAAUAUCUCAAAAGUCACUAGAUCCAGAUAAACAAGCCACUUUUUUAAAUUAGAACUUUAAAAUACCAGCUUUAGUUACACAAUUUUUAUAUUACAUAGGGAAACAACAAGAGGCUUAGAGAGACUUUGCACUAAUGGCAGACUGUCUUUGGCGAAAGUUUAUGAUAUUUUGAGGAAGAAAGGUGUGAGAGAACCUGGAUGCCGUUCAUUUGGAGACCAUUUCAUCCCACCUAAAUACUCUUUCAUCACGUGGCUCUUUCAUCAUGUGGCUGGUGUUUAGGAACACACUAGCUACUCUGGACAACCUGGAGUAUUUGGAAUCUUGGAAAUAUUUGUUUUCUUUGUUUGCUUUGCUUGCCCUUAUUCUGCAGGUAUUUGGCCGGACAUUCGUAAAUGGUCGGGCAUUCGAAGAUAUGAAUACUUUAUCAAGCUCGAUUAAGUGGAUUAGAAAGGAGCACCGUGGAGUUCAGAUUCGCAACAAAUCAAUAUGUAUAGCCUUUUGUUGUGCCAUAUAUACAAUCCGGAGAUCCCGUAACUCAGCAUACUUUGAUCAUCUUCUCUUCCAACCCUAGGAGGUUUUAGCUAAAAUCAAGAUGGUAGUUUAUAGAAACCUGGUUAGCCUAUAUCCUACAUUCCUACCACUGUAGUUGUUUUUAGAAUCUGUUUUUGGAGGAUUUUUCUUUGGUCUGGGCUUGUUGUGUUCUAGCUUUUUGGUUUGGUAUCUGAUUAUGGAAGGUUGUGGCAUGGUUAGGCAGGUUCUUUUGAUUACAGUGAGGGGCCUGUCCCUUGCUGUUUGGUUUGUGGCUGCCAUAUGUGGGUAAGGCAAUGAUUCUACCUUAUGCCCGCAGUUUGUUGUUUUGUUUUUCUUUGAGCAGGGGUAUGCCCUGGUGGUCUUGAGGAUUAUACAAUUUUGGAUGAGUCAACAUGUACAUUUUACCCGUUUAUGAGCAGCAAGGCUAAA